AUGUCCGCAGCACAUCAACCCUCAUCCAUGAUUGUCUGCUUCACAAUGCAGCUCCUCGCUCUUUUCCUGGCCUCGGCCUCGCUCGCGGCCGCGCACCAGCAGCCCACUGUCGUCACCGUCACCAAGUACCUUCCUUUUGAGCAGCAUCCUUGCUAUGCCUACUUUAUGCUCGGCGGCCAGGGCCAGCUUCCUGAGGAAGCGUGCCAGCCGGGGUCGUGCUGUGUCCGUGUCCAGGAUGGCAGCACCAACACGGGCCACGAUGGCGCAACUGUCGGCCCCGAUCGUCUUCCCAUCACCAUGGCCACGCACUCUCCCAGUGGUAGCAGCUCCCAAAGCCUAUCUGGCAGCUCCGUCGUAACGCAGAGCUCUCUGACCAGUGGCAGCUCCAAGCUGGUCACCAGUGGCUCUGUCGUUGCUGUACUCUCGUCCGACGCCGGCUCCAUCACCAAGACUCCUGUCGAGGCUGUGGCCGACGACUGCACCGUCACAGAGGAUCAUGUUGCCACUUCCGUCGUGACAGUGCCCCAGAUGUCUCGCGAGACCGCCGUCGUCACGACCACCGUCCCCAAGGUUGUGACUUACACCACGACAUCGAGCGGCAUGCCCAUUGUUGAGACAAGCACAUCCAUCGUCGUCAUUACCGAGACAGUCACAUCCAACGUUGCUAUUUCCACCACCAAGACUCUGACAGUUCCUGUGGUUGUCACCGUCACUGAAGUCAUCACGGCAAACAAGUCUACAUUCACAUCUCUGGUUACCACCACGUGCAACGAGGUCGUCACUAGCAUUGUCCCCGUUUUCACCACCAUCACCGUUUCGGCGGCUUUAGCAACGCCCGUCGAGGUCACCCCGACCAAGGUCAUUACGAUGGAGAAUUCUACUGUUACAUCUACUGCGACCAUCACGUCCAACGAGACAGUCAUCAGCCCCCAGCCCAUCCUCGCCAAUUCCACAACCACUUCAUCGAAGCAGACAGUCACUAGCAUUCAAUCUAUCGUCACCAACACAACCACCACGGAGAUGACAACGAAAGUCACUAGCAUCUCUACCGCAGUCACAACAAGCAACUCCAUCACGACUUCUCCCACCAGCACAAAGGUUAUCAUCACUCCCAGCGGCGUCGUCACCACCAACAGCUCAACCGUUGCAUCUCUCACCAGCAGCACAAAGACUACCAUGACUCCCAGCGUCGUCGUCCCCCACAGUUCCACGAUUGCCUCUCCUGCCUCCACCAAAAAGGCUACCAUCACUCCCAGCGUCGUCACCACCACAAAGACUACCACCACCCCCACCAUUGUCAAGCCCAUCACGAGCCUCAUCCCCAAGCCUCCCACCACGACCAAAUCCCGCGUGAUCCCCUCCAGCUGCCCGACGCCCACCUGUUCCAAAGGCAUCCAGUACGCCCUGUACACCAACCCGUUCCGCCGCGACAUGUCGCCGACCUACAAGACCUUUUCGCCAGCCUACUUCAAAAAGACGCAGCCCGUGUACAGCACGACGCUGCAGACGGCCAUUUACAUCACCGACGACCGCAAGCCGGGCAAGGACUUUGACCCGCUCUUCCGAAACGCGGCGGCCAGCUACCGCGGCUUCCUCUUUGCGUGCCAGGCGGGCCGCUACCGCUUCAACUCGCCGUACUCGGACGACAUCACCAUCAUGUGGUUCGGCGACAAGGCGUACGGCAACUACACGCGCGACAACGCCGACAUUAUCCAGUUCUUCUACGGCGACAACCGCCCCCGCAACAUCUACCGCGACCUCGAGGCCGGCACCUACUACCCCAUCCGCGUCCUCUGGGGCAACACCGGCGGCGCCUCCGACUUGUCGCUGCGCAUCUACGGGCCCGCCGGCGAGGACGUCAGCGGCGCCGACCAGUCGGGUGAGCACUUCCUCACGACGGAGGCGUGCGAUGGCUCCUAUGCUCCUUUUGCGCCGUGGGGCAAGGAGCCGUGA